UCUGAGGCAGAAACGUCCAGAGGAAGCUGAUGUGGAUGGAGUAAGAUAAGAAGACUGGAGCUGAUGCAGUCAGAUAGAGACGAAGGUCAACGUGCAGGUCAAGAUGCACAAUUCAACAGUCUUCAUUUAUCUCCAUGAAAAAAGACACAGUUCAGUUCAAACUUCUGAGGAGUUGAAGGUUUGGACCAGUGGUUCUCCACCUUCACAGCCAGGACCUACGACUGUACUGUUUUCAACAGUGUGUCUGACUGCACUUAGAUUGUGGCGUUGUUCAUCUGCUCCAGGUUGUGACUCCAGUCCUGAACCUUAGUCCUGCAGCGUCUUAUCAGUCAGCACAUCAUGUGUCCCGCAUCCCAGCCGCCCGGGACGCCACAGUAUGUCAUUAAGGGACGCCCUGCGUCUUUCACUGUGUACAUAGGUGGUGUUCAUCAGAACCGAACCAAAGGGAGGAGGUGACAAGAGCUGCCUGUCAGAACAAACCUCUGGGUUCACGUGUGACGAUGAUUAAAGCAGGGAUGAAUGUGAGAAACAGAGGUGGAGAACGACUGUACACAGGCGGAGUGGUUGAUCAUCAUCAUCAUCAUCAUCAUCAUCAUCAUCAUCAUCAUCAUCAUCAUCCUCAUCAUCCUCCAUCAGAACACUUCAUCAUGUAUUUAGCCAGGAAUUUAAUUGGAGGCCUCAUCAACAUUGUGAGCAACAUCGACCCUGCUGACUUCAUUCCUUCUCCACCACCGCCACCUCGCAGACCCCUGAACUUUGCGGAGUCUCACGAAAACGAUGAGGAGAAGGAGUUCAGGAAAGCCUUCCAGAGACUGGCUGGAGAUGACAUGGAAGUGAGUCCAACAGAGCUGAUGCAGAUCCUCAAAAACAUCAUGGCCAAAUGUCCUGAACUAAGGACUGACGGCUUCAGCAUCGAGUGCUGCAGGAGUAUGGUGGCUGUGAUGGAUAGUGACAGCACAGGUAAACUUGGCUUCCAUGAGUUCAAGUACCUGUGGAACAACAUAAAGAGAUGGCAGAAAGUAUACAUAAACCAUGACAGAGAUCGUUCCGGUGUGAUCAGCCGUUCAGAGCUGCCUGGAGCCUUUAAAGAAGCAGGUUUCCCUCUAAAUGACCAGCUGUAUAAACUGGUCAUCCGUCGCUAUAGCGAUGAGCAUGGAGACAUGGACUUUGACAACUUCAUCGGCUGCUUGGUGCGACUAGACGCCAUGUGUCGAGCCUUCAAGACUCUGGACAAGGACAACAGUGGGUCCAUUGAGCUUGACAUCAAGGAGUGGCUCCAGCUGACCAUGUAUUCCUGAAACAACACACAUGAAGGUUGAAAACUUCCUCACUCCUCAUCUCAUACCUGACUACACUCCAUUUAUCCUUAAGUGCUAAUGCUAACGCCAUUAAAACCAGAACACUGUUCAGUGCAGUGGGAAAGGACACCGGGACCAACAUUGUUCUGAUCAUGUCAUUGUACUGCCCCGUACUGCCAGGCGGAGGCGCUGUGGUUCCUUUUUUAAUUCCAGAUGAAAAUACUCUGAAUGUUUAACGGAAUAAAAAGAUUCCGCAAUUAAAAAA